CUCAUUGUUAUAGUUACAGAAAUGUCAAGUUGAUAGAUAGGUUUGUAGAAAGAUAAAUGGUUGGUACGAGAAUGGAACAUCUAAAGUUGGCAAUAUAUAAUGCUGCAAAAGAGGGGAAAUUAAAACAACUACAGGGUUUUCUUGCCAGUAAAUCAUCCUCACAAGUGAAAGCGUUAACUUCAACUAAAGUUGAAGGUUCCACCCCAUUAAUUACAGCAUCAAGAGAAGGGCAUUUGGAGGUUGUUCAAUACCUUAUUGUUAAAUGCCAUGCUGACAUGCACCAACGGGGUUCUGUUAUAUUUGAUGGGGAAACUAUUGAAGAUGCUCCCCCACUUUGGUGUGCAGCAGCAGCAGGUCACUUCAGUGUGGUUAAGUGUUUGGUCCAACAUAAAGCCGACCCUAACUGUACAACACAAACAAAUUCAACUCCUCUAAGAGCCGCCUGUUUUGACGGCCAUCUUGGAAUUGUUAAAUACCUAUUAGAGCAUAAAGCCGAUAUAGAAAUUGCAAACAGACACGAACACACAUGUUUGAUGAUUGCUUGUUAUAAAGGACAUACAGAUAUAGUUAAGAUGUUGUUAGAAGCCGGUGCAAAUGUGAAUCGAUGUAGUGUUAAACGUAACACUGCACUGCAUGACUGUGCUGAGAAUGGUUCAGUGUCAAUAGCCAAGCUGUUGUUACAAUUUGGUGCAAGAACUCAAAAAGAUGGUCAUGGCAUGACACCAUUAAUGACAGCAGCAGUAGCAGGCCAUGUACAGCUUACUGAAUAUUUCUCUGCCCUCCCUGACACCCCUUUAAUGGAGAGAAUCAACGCAAUUGAACUAUUAGGAGCUACUUUCCUUGAUAAACGUCAUGAUAUGACGUUGGCGCAUCAAUUCUGGAGGAAAGCAAUUGUAUUGAGAAAUUUGCACAGACCACCCUGUUCUGACUUCACAAGCAACCCAGUUGCCGCGUAUGGAAAUAUAAAGGAACCUCAAACCAUCGCUGAAUUGGAGGAAUCGAGAUCCGAUCCAGAAAGAUGUCGGAUAAUUGCCCUCCUUAUACGGGAAAGGGUUCUGGGUCCUAAACAUCCUGACACCUCAUAUUACAUCAGAUACCGUGGUGCUGUGUACGCCGAUUCUGGCGAUUUUGAAAAGUGUGUCAAGUUAUGGAUGUAUGCACUUGAUAUGCAACGUACAAACCUUGAACCUUUAUAUCCAAUGACCUUGAGCAGUCUUCUGUCUUUUGCCGAACUAUUUAGCUUCAUGCAACAGCAUCGUUCUCACAUGAGUUCAUCUGUACCCAAAGCAAACCACAACCAGAUCAUGGAAGUUCUUAAACGAGCAGCUUGGGAAUUGCUGUUGGGACAUGAAAUGUUACUAAAAAAUAAUAACAAGGACAAAGAUAAAUCGUGCAUCUUAAAGAGCUCUCCUCGUCGUUCCUCCCGAGCUGCUGGUUCUUCUUCCAACAUCUCAUCCCGCAACAUCACCCCUAACAACCAUCCUCCCAUAGGAAGUGGAGCAUCCAGAUCUUCCCGACCUUACCUAACCUCACCAACAUCAUGUUGCAACUUGUGCGAGGGCAGCAACCAGCGAGUAUACAGAGCAAUGGUCAUAAUCCUCCACCUUACCGCGCUCUCACAUAACGUCCUCAAUGAUGAAGAACUCACGCCUCUUAAGAUGAAGAGCAGCAUUCACCAAAGAGGAUUCUCGCUCUACCAGCUCCGGGAUGUCACAGACCACUGUGACCGGACUCUUUUACAUCUCGCCUCAAGUUCACGUGCAUGCCCACUUGGUCGCUACCCAGUCACCAAGUUCCCAAGUCCCGCAGUCGUUGAUAUCCUCAUGGGUUCCGGGUUUGAUCCCAAUGCAAGGGACUGUGAUGGUAAGACAGCGAUGCAUCUUGCAGCCGAAACUGCCACCGAAGAAUCACCCAGCGCACUUGCUACCCUAAAUCAGUUACUUAAAGGAGGCGGACACAUUGAUACGAAAGACGCAAAGGGUAAAUCUGUAUUGGAUCUUAUACCAGAGCAAGCUCACUACAAAAUAAAUAGAGUUCACCACCAAUCUCUACAGUGCUUAGCAUCCUGUGUUAUAAUGCGUUACCAGAUCCCCUACAAGCACGUUGCACCACAGAUGUUGCAUCAGUUCAUACAGCAGCAUUAAUAUCUCCAUGAUCCUAUCCAAGCACUACUCUGUAUUUAAUGACAGCCUCUUAUAAGUGGUGUAAGCUUAAACUGCCACUUAGCUUCUUAAUUUUUGCUCAACUGAUCGUGAUUUCACUGUCAUCGCGUUAACUUUACUUAAAUAUCACCUACGGCCAACAAUACGCUGUACACUUAUUAUCAAAUUGCUUUUUUACGGCGCGCUUCAUUUGUGGUUGUUUCAAUAGGUUUCACUCCAUAGUUACUUCGUUUUUCACUCUGUUUUUCUUUUCUGUUUAAAAUGUGCGUUUUCUGGAAAAGCAACCAGUUGCCAUUUUCAAGCACUCUACUAAACCAUAGUUCUAUGUUGCAAACUGCUCAAUAAUAAAUCCCCUUAAAACGGUACUCACCAGCUUGAGUUAUGCUUACUGUAUAAAAGGCGUGUUUAAAAGCAUGUACUUUGCUCAUGUGGUUAUUUUGCCGCUCGUUUAUAUUACUACGUUCAUCAGUAUUUCAUUUAUUAAAGGCUUGGGUAUAAAUUAUA